CGCAGCAACGUGACUCAGUCACGUGUUUGACUUAGAUUAUUUAAGGAUAGUUAACUUCCACCUGCAACAUCAGAAACCAUUCCAAAACCUAAUGCCAACCAUCUCUUUUUAAAAUAAGUGAUAAGAGGAGGAAAGCGAUAAAACAUUGGGCAAAGGCUUUUCAAAUCCCGUGUACUGAGACAUUCACAUGUCCUUAGUGUAGUGUUGGCUGGUGGUGGAGUGUUGUGAAGGCGCAGUGCCGGUCCACACCGCGACUCGGCUGGGCGAACCCGCGAUUGAUUUCCACACGAGUGCGUUUUACGAAAUUCUUGUGCAAGCAUGCUGACCACUGCGGUGAUCCUGUUAGCGCUGCAGUUCGCUACAGCCGAAAUACCUCCAUACAUAAAAGUUUGUCAACGGAGCGACCCAAAUGUGGACAAAUGCAUCAUAAACUCCGUAGAAGAACUGCGACCGAAAAUGAUUAAAGGCAUACCCGAACUUGACGUGCCAGGUAUUGAACCCUUGAGUCUUGGCCAGAUAGCGCUCGCUCGUGGACCUCAAGGUGCCAAGUUAACUGCCGUCGUCAACGACGUAAAAGUUAGGGGACCCAGCAACUUUAUCAUACAGGAGCUAAAGUCAGACUUAGAUAGAAACCGGUUUGAUUUCAAACUUCUACUACCUAGACUCGACUUUGCGGGGAAGUACAAGAUGGAUAUACAAGUACUGCUCUUGAGAUUGCAGGGAAAGGGAAAUAUAACAGGAUCUUUCAAGGAUUACGCCUGUAACGUCACAAUGCGGGGCCACAAAGAAAAGCGCGGGGAUAAUGAAUACUUAACCUUCGAGCCUAUGAAAGUCCACCUUCGUGUCGGGGAAUCCUCCAUUUACUUGACAAACCUCUUCGACGGCGAUCCCGUCCUCGGGCCAGCCACCAACAGGGUAAUCAACGAGAACUCUCAGGUAUUCUUGCAAGAGAUAAGUCCGGUUUUGGAAAAGAGUUUGGCCGAUCUUUUCACUGAGAUGGCGAACAAAAUAACGUCUAAAUUCACAUAUCAGGAACUCUUCCCCUGAUCUAUAGAUGGGUGAUGAUUUUAUUGUGAUAUUAUGAUAGAGUAAAUAUUUAGAUUCAGCGAUUGUGUUUGUAGAAAUGGGUUUCCUAAUGUUUUACAAAAAAGGUUUGACAAAUGUUAAUUUUACAAACAACGCUUAUGAAACUGUUCAGGUGAUGACGUCAUCAACUUCAUCUCAUUCCGCAAAAAUAUGGUUUUAUUAACAAACAAUUGAUCAAAGCUCAAUUACCAAUUUUUAAUCAUUGCUGUUCUGAAUAUUAUUAGUAUAUAAAAAAAGUGUUGAAACCUAACUAAUACAAUUAUUAUUGAAACAAUAUUUUAUGAAUUGAAAUAUCAGUUUUAUUAUUUUUCCGAAGAAUCAAUCAAAGAAACUGUAGUUUGUAUAAUGACGAAAAUACGAUACAUAAUUUUGCUUAAAGUUGUUUGUAAAAUAAACAUUUGUCGUUUGUUUUUUUUUAUCAAAAGAUCCCGUAGAAAUAAUUAAGUUACUUGGAAUGUUGUUGAUAAGAUUUUCAUAGUUUACUCAUACUCGUAUUUUUGAAUUAUUUUUCUUUAAUGUUUAAAGUUCUAGCGGUUAUUAUGGUUUAUAUGAUUCAAUAUUAAAUUGUUAAAGUAAUAUAUUAUAUAUUUUAUCAUUAAUGUUGGAUUAUGUUUAAUUUAUGCUUUGAUCAUUUUACUAGAAAGCUUUUGUAUUUAAAAAUAUCGGUACUGGCUAUCUUCUACAUAAAUUCUACUGUCUAUUCUUUAAGACUUAAUAGGCAUAAGAAAUACAACUCAGUUUUCUAAAUUAUAUCUGUUUAAUUGUUCGGAAAUCACUAAUUAAAUAUGAACAAUUUGAACGAAUCUUAUUUCAGAAUAAAAACAAAUUCCCUGUGUUUUGAUUAGCUAGCUAUCUUCAAAUCAAUCAAAUUAUUUUAUAAUUUAUAAAUAUAUAGAUGGUAAUGGAUUAUAUUUAAUAUGAAUAACGCGCCGCUAUGAAGUACCUACGAUCAUUCCUGUGAGAAUAGAUUUUCUUUGUGAUAGUAUUCACUCCAUGUUAAAUAUAAUUAAAAUCUAUAUAUAAAUAAUGUUUAUGUACAUUAUGAAUCUCAAAUUAUAUUAUUGAAAUAUUUGGCUUUAAUAUUGUAGACUAAGAGGACUGUUUUUGUGUUAUAAACUUAGUAUUCUUUGUAUUUUGUUAUAUAAUAAGAUUUCGUAUAAAAUGAU